AUGACCGACAAGCAUCCUUCGAACGAUUCCAACCAUGUCUCGCAAGCCACGAAAUCGGAGCCAGAGAUACCACUCCACCAGCGCAAGCUCAACUUCGACCACCGAUUAGUGACGAUCACGAUAUCCGAGCUCAACACAAUCAAGUCCCUGAUCGAAAGCCCCGACGCGCUUUCCGUUGCUAACUUGCGGGUGUGGUUGGGAAAAAGAGACGAGUCUCACGGCCCCUCUGAUCAUCCACCUGGUUGGCAGCUCGGACAGUACAAGCACUUGUUGCCUCGCAAACACGAUGAACAACGCUCUGCGCCAGAGACCCUCCCGGUCCCAGAUCAACCUGACGUAUCUCCUCUACCCCCGAUCGCUGCCGUAUACCGCGACAUCCCGAACCCCAAGUGCCCUUCUAUGAACAUUGCGAAGCAAAUCUUAGGCCAGCGCCAAGCAUCAACGUACCACGCUCGCCACAUGGAAUGCUCCAACAUCAUAAUGGAUGCGCUGGCAGUUCCAUUAAUGCCAUUACUGCCACAUGUCGAGACACCGGAAAUGGCUGCUCUUUUCGAGAGGCUAGAUAUUGCUCAGUGGAAACUCAGCAUGUCGGUCUUGAACGUGGGCCAUUACUUUGGGAUUUCUGUGUCGAGGGGCACGUCUGCCGACCUGUGA